AUCUGUCUGAAGUUUAUAUGAUAAAGGGUGAUGAAGAUGAGGAAGAUGAUGGCUGCGCUGUGUUUGUGUGUGACACUUUGUGUCCUCGCGCCUGCUUUGGGAGGUGAACACUCUCUGUUUUACACCUACACGGCUCUGUCUAAACCUCUCAAUCUGACUGGAAUCUAUGAGUUCACCGCACUGGGCAUGCUCGAUGACCGAGAACUCGACUACUACAGCAGUGAGACUCAGGUUAAGGUUCCUAAACAGGACUGGAUGAAGGAGAAGAUGGAAAAGGAUUACUGGGAUAAAGGAACUCAGUCCCGUAAGAGCAAAGAGCAGUGGUUUAAGGUCAACGUGGACAUCCUGAUGGAGCGAAUGAGACACAAUAAGUCUGACCUUCAUGUUCUUCAGUGGAGACAUGGCUGUGUGGUUGAAGCUGAAAACGGAGAUAGUAAAUAUGUGAGAGGAAUUGAUGAGUACAGCUACGAUGGUGCUGAGUUCCUCUCCUUUGAUGAUGAAAACUCGAGGUGGAUCGCUCCAGUUCAGGCCGCUGAGCCGACCAAAAGGAAAUGGGAUGAAGUGUCCAUCCUUAACACGUACACCAAGAGCUACCUGGAGAAAGAGUGUGUGGAAUGGCUCACCAAGUUCAUGGACUAUGGACAACAAGAACUGAGAAAAUUUUCUCCCCCAGAGGUGCAUCUACUUACAAAGAGAUCAGUGACUAACAGCAAAAAGCUGACCUUGACCUGCCUGGCCACGGGUUUCUACCCUCCAGAUGUGGAGAUGCAGGUGAGAAAGUCCACAACUUCCUUGCCUGAACAUCUGGUAGUAUCUUCAGGAGUCAGACCCAAUGGUGAUGGCACAUACCAGCUGAGGAAGAGUGUGGAGAUCCUGGAGGAUGAAAAACCACUGUACACUUGUUAUGUGAACCACAUAGAAAAAGAGAAACAUUACUAA